CCCCAGCCGGCCAGGCUCCCCCGAGCCCAGACCUUCUGACUCCGCUCCCUCGCUUCCGCCUCCGCCCUCGCUCGGGGGGUGGCUCUCGAGAGCCGGACCUCGCCGGCCCCGGCUGGGACCAUGGUGUUUCUCUCUGGAAAUGCCUCCGACAGUUCCAACUGCACCCACCCGCCGGCACCGGUGAACAUAUCCAAGGCCAUUCUGCUCGGGGUGAUCUUGGGGGGCCUCAUCAUUUUUGGUGUGCUGGGCAACAUCCUGGUGAUCCUCUCCGUGGCCUGCCACCGGCAUCUGCACUCGGUCACUCACUACUACAUCGUCAACCUGGCGGUGGCCGACCUCCUGCUCACCUCCACCGUGCUGCCCUUCUCGGCUAUCUUCGAGAUCCUGGGCUACUGGGCCUUUGGCAGGGUCUUCUGCAAUAUCUGGGCGGCGGUGGACGUCCUGUGCUGCACCGCGUCCAUCAUGGGACUCUGCAUCAUCUCCAUCGACCGCUACAUAGGUGUGAGCUACCCGCUGCGCUACCCCACCAUCGUCACCCAGAAGAGGGGUCUCAUGGCUCUGCUCUGUGUCUGGGCGCUGUCCCUCGUCAUCUCCAUCGGGCCUCUCUUUGGCUGGAGGCAGCCGGCCCCCGAGGACGAGACCAUCUGUCAGAUCACCGAGGAGCCGGGCUACGUGCUCUUCUCGGCGCUGGGCUCCUUCUACGUGCCACUGACCAUCAUCCUGGUCAUGUACUGCCGGGUCUACGUGGUGGCCAAGAGGGAGAGCAGGGGCCUCAAGUCUGGCCUCAAGACGGACAAGUCGGACUCGGAGCAGGUGACGCUCCGCAUCCAUCGGAAGAACGCCCCAGUAGGAGGCCCCGGGGUGUCCAGCGCCAAGAACAAGACGCACUUCUCGGUGAGGCUCCUCAAGUUCUCCCGGGAGAAGAAAGCGGCCAAAACGCUGGGCAUCGUGGUCGGCUGCUUCGUCCUCUGCUGGCUGCCUUUUUUCUUAGUGAUGCCCAUUGGACUUUUAAUCCUGAAACCGCCUGCACACAGCUCCGGUCCAGCCUGGUUGGAACACUGUUGGCACCUGCUCCUUGUCUACACACUGUGCUGGGGAGCAGGGCUGAGCCCAGGCUGCUGUGGGGUCCACCGUCUUCAAAAAGCAAUGACAACAGUGGCCUCCUGGCCCUCCAAAGUCCCUGCAAGAUGAGCAAGUGGAGAUGACUUUGGUGGCUGGGCUGGCAAAAGCAAGUUAGGAUUUCGGCAGAGGACACCCAGGCUCUUCCAUUGUUCCCAUCAGCACUGCCUCACUCAUGCCCCCCGCCCCAGACCCAGAUGUCGUGGGGGCACAGGAUGGAGCUUAUCUGCUCUGUGCAGGAAAAUAUCAUUUCUUCUUUGCUACCGCAACACGGAUUCCUGAGUCUCCUACCUUAAAGGAAGGUUAUGAUGGUGGGCAGGGGGCAGUGUUGAGAAGGAAGAGGAAGACUUACCCUGGACAUCGCUCAAAGCAGGUUGCUUGGUUUAGUAACACUUUGCUGCAACUGAUAAGCAAGGAACUGCCCUGAAGCUGGUUGCUUCUUCAUUUCCAAUGACAAACUGACUGUCUUUCCUUUCCAUGUGGCUCAGGAGUCGUUACAUCACUUUCCCUCUAUAUUGCAGUCAACAUGGCCACAUCAUAAGCUGGAAAUGAUUAGAGCUAAACUAUGUGAAAUACAGACUUAAUAAGGUGAAAAAAAUCUACAAGCAAAUUCACACUGCAUUUGUAGAAAACAAUAAUGAAGGCACCAGUCUAUUAAGAAGCCUGAGUACGAAAAAAAAAAAAAAAAAAGAAGAAGAAGCCUGAGUACAGGAGGUGCCUUCAGAUGCAAUAGAAAAGAAGCUAAGACAGGAAGCCCCAACAUAAGCUUGUAUGUCUUCCCAUUUAUGUAACACUGUGUACUUGUCCAAGUAAAUUCGCCUAUCUCAAGUCAUCUCUGUGAGGGACAAAGAGAAGGAAGGGUGUAUUAUCUUUACUUAACAUAUGAAGAAACACGGAGACUUAGAGACUUAAGGAUGAUGCUUUGAAUAGCCCCAAAUCCAGCCUCUGACUCUGUUUUCCAUGAUACCCUUGGUAUCCCCAGGGUCCUCUGUGUUUCUUGAGACCAUGAAUUUCCUAUGUCACUUGUUCAUCUCUGAUCCAUAUUUUCAGUUCCAUUGGCACCUUCUCUCCUAUUCUGUCCCUGCCAGCGGCUGGACAAUACAAGAUUGUUCUGAGUCAUAUUUGUCUAUGCUUUUCUCAUUGGCUAAAGGACAAACAGAUGUGAUUCUGUUCUUUCUCCCUAGAUAGGCAGCACCAGAGCUAAGGAAGUAAUCGGGGCAGGGGAUUUUUGGUUUGCUCAACAGGGUAACAAGCAAGGCAAAGCCAGCAGUGAUUAACACCUUAAGAACCUCAGGAAUGCAAAGGUCACAAAAGAAGUUUCUAGAAGCUCCUCUUCCAGUGAGCCUGAGGGUUGUUGUUACAUCCUUUUGUCAUUGUCAGCAAGCUGCUCGCUUCCUCUCCUGCACCAGGCACUGCAUUUGGCACAAAAAAAAAAAAAAAAUCCCAAGAGACGCAGACAAUCCCCAGCUUAUGAGCUGGGUGUGUUCCAAGUUCAUCUGUUGCAAGUCAAGAACAAAUUUUUCCAAGAAUCAUUGUUACAGAUGGGGGAGGAGAAGGGUGUUCCCAGACCAAGUAAAAAAAUAAAAUCUAUUUAAUAAUGUACACCUGGGGUUGGCAAACAUUUUCUGUAAAUAGCUAGAUAGUAAAUAUUUGAGGCAUUGUGGGCCAUACACUCUUUGUCGCAUCUUCUUCUUUGUUUUUUGCUUUUUGGGGGAACAACCCUACAAAGCAAAAAACAAAGAAGCAAAAAAAAAAAAAAAAAAACAGCCAUGAGCCAGAUUUAGCCCAUUAGUCCUAAUCUGCCAUCCUUGAUCUGUGCUAUCUCUAACUUAUGGUAUAGGAACAAUAAUAAUGCUAAGCAGUGGAUUUCAGUGUUCAACUUACAAGCAUCUUUUUUUUUUUAAAAUAUACCAUUGAUAUAUCUCUACCUGACCACAUUAAUAUUUCCAACCUGCAUGAUUUUUUAGAUGAAGUGACAAGUUCAUACUUGGGGGGAGGAGGAGGCUACUCUGUGUAACCCAUUCACCCAAAAGACAUAAUCUAGCACGUCAUUGUAACUUUCUACCCAGGCAUUGGGACAAGAGGGAAACACCCACCACCCCUGCCUACUGUUAGGUUCUGUAGAACGGGUAGGCAGCAGAACAGGGCAUCCAUGGGUGGAGACAGGGUCUUUCAGCUUUUCACCCCACUGGCAAAAUCUCCCAGCAUAACCCAGCUGACUCUGCAAGUAGCAACAACCCGUGGGUGCCAUUUGCCCACAGCUGAUGUGAAAUCCCUCCCGGAGCACUGGAGCCUGUUGAAGUGGUGGCCUUUGGGGGCCAUACCUGGCUCCUUGGGAAGGACUUCUGACUAUGGUACCCUGCGCCAGGACAUCUGAGGGUCCACCCUGGGGAUCACCAAGAAACAGGGUAACAGAAAGAGAUGUUGGAGGGGAGGGACAUCUUCCAAAGACAAAAAUUCACUUCGAGCGGGACUUCUUCUCUUCUUCAUCCUUUUCCUUCUUCUUUCCCUGUUUCUCAUUUCAGUUUAAGCCUGAAAUCACCUUACUAGACUAAAAAUGACAUUGCCAUGGAGAAACAUUCAUCCAUCCCCUGCAACGAUGAAGCCAUGACUCUCGAAGCAUGCCCGUCCCCGUCCUCUCAGGCAGUGAGGGGAGACAGACGCUGUCAGUUGGAAACAAGGGAUGCCCUUCUGGUGGCCUAGGACAAGGUCCACAGUGUUGAGACCUGAGACUCUGUGACAGGGCCAGGGCCGGGGCGAGGGGGGUAGAACAUGGGAUGGCAGCAGGUGCAGAACUGAUGAGGAAGGACCUGCAGAUAUUGAUAAUGACAUCAGUAAUAUAUGAAAUAAUGGAACACUAUCAAAAAUAUUGGUACUAACAGCAGUGCCUCAGUUGGGCCCAGAAAGGAAGGCCUGGGCUGGUGCUCUGGGGCAGCUACCCUUCCUCUCUGUGUCCCCUUCAGCUUUGAUCCUGUCCCUCCGUCCUUCCCAGUCUCCUUUCCUUGUCCCUGCCUCUCUCUCCAUGAUUCACCCUCUACUUUUUUUCAGACUGACAAGCAACAAAUGAUGGGGUAGGUCACCCUGGCCGCAGAGGGUGCCUGUUCCCAUGGAUACCCUGCUCUGAGCAUUGCCCUGGGUGACAAAGGGGGCUUCCCGCAGCUCCUCUGUCCCCUCCCCAAGUCAGGCCUGAGACUGCAAGCUGGUGUCUUUGAAGCCUCAGGGAGCCCCAGGCAGGAGAUGGGAGCCCCCAUGAGGACUUGUACCUGUGCCCCCAUGACUGUCUUUCUGCACUUGUCAGUUCCACUUGAAGGCAGGUGUAGACACAACGUGCUGCUGGUCAAGUGUGGUUUCCUGUUAUUUCCAUGCCCACCCACGGGUGAGCAUCUCUUUUACCAGUCGCCACCUCUCGCUCUGACAUUUUGGAAGUCUUUACUGAGCCCUACGAUGUCACCUUCUCAUUCUCUUCUGCAUCGUUUGUCUCUAGCCUCUGUGUCCCUUUACCUUUCAUUCUCCCUCUUAGUCCCUAGUGCCUUCAAGACGUGAUUAAUCCCAAAGCAAACCUGGUUUCAGGUUAGCAUUAAGCAAUGAUUGCUCCCUUAGAAGGCAUACCCUAAGCAAAACUGAACAGAACUCAACCAGGUGACAGGUGCUCCUUCUUGGCUGGUGCUCCCAUCUGUCCCCGUCCCUGCCAGCUCCUCUGCCACUGGAACUUGUUCAUGGACUCUCUCUAUUCUCUCAUCAUAACUCUGUGCCAGGAACCUCUCUCCUCUACGAAGAGGGUCCUCUCCUGUUUUUGCUGACACAGCUCCAUGCAUGUGUAACCCCCUGGGGUAGUCUGCUGGGGCGUCAUAGCAAAGUACCCCAAACUGGAGGCUUCAACACAGAUGUUUAUUCUCUCAAAGUUCUGGAGUUUGGACAUCUGAGAUCGAGGGUCUGCAAGGUUGCCUCCUCUGAGGCCUCUCUCCUCGGCUUGUGGCUGGCCGCCUUCUCCCAGUGUCCGCACAUCACCUUCCCUCUUCCCUCUUCCCUCUUUUUCUAAGGACACAGCCUGAUUGGAUCAGGGCCCACCCCAAAGACCUCAUUUAACCUUAACCGCCUCUUUAAAGAAACUUUCUCCAAAUGCAGUCUCAUUCUGAAGUCCUGGGGGUUAGGAAUUCAACAUAUAAAAUUGGGGCUGGGGAGGGACAAUUUACCUCAUAAACCAUUCUCCCCAUUCUCUCCUUUCUGCCUAUAAAAUCUUAUCCACAAUUCUCUCCCCAAAAUCAAAAGUUCAGAUUCAGCCCUUCCUGACUAUCUUCUCCGAGUUCCUACAGUAUUUCUCUCUAAACUGUGUUCAAUAGUUAAUUGUGCACUCUAUUUUUUAUCUUUCUGCUGCUUUUUAAAAAAUCUAUAUAUUUUUUCACUUUAAAAGUACUUUGCGCCCAUACAAGUUCUGUCUUUCAACCAGAUUAAAACUCCUGGAGAGAGGGAGCUGUCAUGACACUUCGGAUGCCCAGAACUGUCCUCAGCCCCCGAGGGAUCCUAGCUAAGGAUCCUUGCUCCUGCUGAGCAAAAAGAGACAAGGGACCAGAGCCAAGCGCUAGUUACAGGCAGGGGCUGGGAGACCAGGUCCACAGGGCGUUUGGAAAUAUCAGAUGCCCCACCAGGAAGGCUCAAGUAGUAAUAGGACUUCUGAAAAGUUAUAGUGGGAUUCUAAUCAGAGUGCAGAGCACAGCCAUGGGGAAUCCCAGGUUAGCUGCUAUCUUGAGUCAGGCAAGCACUGAAUCCCCGAGACCUCUGCAUCCAGGAAAGCAGACCACUGUCUAUGAAUGGGACAGCCCCUAGACCCUGAAAGCAAGGUGAGAUGCGGUAAAAUCCAGUGAAGAAUCAACAGCAGAACCCAGUGCCAGGAAAUGGGUCACAGAGGAGCACGCCGUGGGCUGUGAUCACCUCGGGGCCCCAAUCCCAGCGAUGGGGGACCUAACGCCAUUUCAGUCGUGUCUGCUCUAUGUCAAUAGCAGCAUGGAAAAUGGGUGCUAAUGAGCCUUCAGGUAGCUUUUCCUCACAUGUCUCACAACCUAGAAAGAAUAAAGGAAAGGAAGCGACACUUAACUUGAUUGGAUAUGAGUGGGAAACAGCCAUUCCCUGCUCAAAGGCAUUUUCAUUCUCAUCCUCUUGAGACCCCCUCCCACUAGUCCUGCCCCAGCCCUCAGAGCUCUAGGUUAGGGUCUUAGCCAUGGCUGUUCCAACUUGUCGAGUGCUGCUGUCCAUACCAUGUGGCUUUAGAGUGUCUUGGCCUGGUCACCUUGCUUCUCUUGAGAAAUUCAGUCCCAUUUCUGUUUCAUCAACCCCACCUAAGGCUUUUAUAGUAGACAAAUUGAUUGCUGGCAUAGUACUUCCCUGGCAGCCAUGGAAUGAUAUCUUCUCUCCUGCCUGGUUCCUGCUGAGAAGCAAAGAACAUUUACCCUCAUUUGGAAGGAUCAGGACUGCUCUAACUGCAUAGCAUCUCCCGUCAUGCUUUCUGGGCAAGGAACAAUGCCACUUUGGUAUCACGUGCCCCUGCCCCCUCCCUGGGGUACUUCUCAAAUUGGAAGGGUUUCUGGGCCUGCAAUAUCCAUCACAAUGGAACAGCCUUGAUGGCUAAAACUUUGUGCUUCACCAGUUAUAAUCCCAUCUAGAAAUUACAGGGGGAAAAAUCACGUGAAAAGCCAGGGCCUACCAGAGUAGUAAGUGUAUUGAAGCCAAAACCAUCCAAUAACAGAUUUGAUUGAGUGUAGCAAUGGCUUAUUGAUUUAUC